AUCAUUAUUUCUACCACUAAGUCUCAGUUGUUCAGAAAUCCAUUGCUGCACUGUGGACAUACUAUUUAAUAACUCUGAUUUGGAUGUUAUGGAUAGGAACAGUACUUACUCACCAGUUUCAUGGCCACCAAAGUUUUGGGGUAACAAUAGCCUUCACAGUGUCCAUGUUGAUUGGACUAGUGAUUGGAGGGAUCAUCUGGGCCUUAUUUACCUGCUUGUCCCGUCGCAGAGCUAGUGCCCACAUUUCCCAGGGGAAUUCUUCACCCUUCACUCGCCGGUCCAGACCCACCUCCCACUCUGCCAGCAGGACUGGAUUUUACCGUAACAGCAGCUGUGAACGCCGAAGCAACCUCAGUCUGGCCAGCCUCACCUUCCAGCGGCAAGCCUCCUUGGAGCAAGCCAACUCCUUCCCCAGGAAGUUGAGUUUCCGCGCAUCCACCUUCCACCCUUUUCUGCAGUCUCCUCCCCUCCCCGUGGAGACAAACAGUCAGCUGAUCACCCUCACUCCCACCAACACAACCACAACCCUCGUGGGAAGCACAACCAACGGUUUAAGUCGACCUGAAUUCCACUGGUCUAACAACAGCCUUCGCAUCUGCCAUUCCACACAAACCCCUCCUCCUGCGUAUGAAACCAUCAUAAAAGCAUUCCCAGACUCCUGAGACAGGUCCUCGCUACAAAGUCAUUUUUUGGAGGAACCUCAAUCAUCUCAAGCAAUUUUCUGUGCAUGCUGAAGAUCUCCAAGAAAUCUCCACCUGCUGCGACACAUUGCAGAGGGCAUGGGCACUGCCAGGAGGCGAGUAGUGCUGAUUUCUUAGAGAGCUAUGUCUUACCAUCCAGUGAAUCAUUUGUUUUUGCACUACUGGCUCUAAUUUACUACUUUUCAACAUGCUUACAUAUUUCUACUGCUGUAUUGUAACCACUAUAUUUUUUUUCUUUAGAGGAAAGAAAAUGCUGCUGCAUUAAAAAAAAAAAAAAAAAAAAAAAAGGAUCUAUUCUCAAAGAGAAUUUUAGGAAUUACUGAUAUAGACGUUAUUGCAAAUUUCACUAUUCUGAUCAUUUUUAAAUAGCAAACAAGAAAUUAAACCCAAAAAUUCUGGUUCUAUGCAUUUUCCCAAGGAUAUUUUACUAUUUUACUUCCAAUGAACACUUUCAUUAACCACCUUCUUGCUAUAACCACACAACAGUUUCUAACUGAGGAACCUUAGACAAAGACCACGUAGAAGAUUUAACAUCACAGUCCCAUCCAUGGUUCUGUUGAUUGCAGAGGACCUUAAAAAAAGACUCCAUGUUAGAACUGUUUGUAUGAAAUUCCUCACAGUAUGAGAAAAAUGUCGAGGUAUAUCAUCCUUCAUGUAAAGAGAAGUUUUGAAGAGCAUACUAAGUGCUUGAUAACAGUCUUAAAGAAUUUUCUAUCUACUGCCAGCAGAAGAGGUAGCCACCUUUUAAUGCCCAGUAAGGCUAUUGGAACAGAAAACCUGAUGUCUCAUUUUUCUGGUUAUGGUUAUCCAGAUAAGCAUUGCAUGAAUGACCACCAUUUUUCCAAUUAAGUUUCCUGCUUUGCUGUGAGACUGCUCAUUUCCUUAUUUAAAAUUAUAUUUCUCAAAUUGCACCAAAUUUUAAUUCUUUCUGGAAAGUCAUUCACUGAAAUCUUGUCUUUCAUUAACUCAGUAUUUUAGACAUUUACAGCUGAACAUUGGUAUUGUACAAUUGUGUGGAACAUGAAGAUAAAGAUGGAAUAUUUAGUUGAGGUUAACUUACAUUCUUGACUGCUAUACACGUUCUGUCAAGUUAACCCCUGACUUAGUUGAGACUAAUUGCACCAACAUGAGAAGUUCAGGAUUUGGAAUUAACGCAGAUAGAUGGCGACAAUUUAAAGAUUUACUAUAUCAUUUUCCUGUUAGGUCUUACACGUUUGAAUAAAAACAAAAGAAUUUUCACAACUAGGAGGAGAGUCUUACUCCUCACUUAGAAACAGACAUUUAAUUCCUAAAUCUGCUUGACAGCUACCAGCUGCAGGACCACUGAUACUGAGGGAUUGUUCCUGUGCUUCAGCAGAGAGCCUGAGUCCUUACCUGUUCUCUUGUCCCUGAGAGGGACAAGGAUUCAGCAGAUUUUGAGAACGGGUAAAAUGCUUUACACCUUACUUUGCAGGCUUUUGGUGUCUAGCAGCACACAUCUCUCUGCAGAGUUCGGCAUCCUUUGUGCAGCACUACUGAUCUCUUAACUACAGUCUUCCAGCCAGAAAUCUUUCAAUUUGCAAACGUUUCUAAAAACAUUGAACUUACAAGCAUUACUCAUUAUAAUCUACAAGUAUUUUUUCUUAUAAAAGCAAGUUAUUAUGCAUUUAUUUACUGACAGGCUUUCAUGUUUUAUUUUUAGUGUACACAUUUUUUUCCCUUCUAGAGGAAUGUAUGUCAGUGCUAAAACAACCACCUACUGUGUUUACAUUGUUUCAUAGCAGACACUUUAAGUUCCAGUAGGCUGAAGACUUGCCGAUAAGGCUGCAAAACUGCAUUUGGCUAAUCACAGGCUACAGACUUAAAAAAAAUAUAGUCCUCUGGAGAAAGGAAGUUCAGUUAUUUUAUUCUUUAAUAUUUUUUCUCUUACAGUCUUAUUGAGUCUGAUGAACUUCAUUGCAUAUGAGUGCUUUCACAGUGUCCUAGCUCUAGAAUAGGUGACACUGCCUUUUCUGAUGUGCCUUCAAAAAGCAAAGUUCACACCUGCUCACUUUGCAUACUGAGUCUAACAGUUUGAAACUGUUGAAAAGACAGCUUGGCCUACAGUGUGUACCUAACUGGCCAAAACUGCUUCAUCCUAGAGAUAAAUCAUUCCAGAUAAGUGAUUUUUUUACUCCUGGUUUAAGAUGCAAACUACAUAUUUUCUCAGCAUAUUGAUUAUAUUAUAGCAUAUUAGUAUACAAUGUAGACAAGGAAGUUUAAAUGUACUGUAUUUUUUAUCAAAAUAUUUUUUUUAUUUCCCUUGGAUUAGGGAGAUUAAAAACACAGAUUGUUAGAUGCAUAACAGGAAAGAUUGUUGGAUAUCAGUUUUAACAAUAUCUGAAGUUGAUGUUUUGUAAGUUCUCCAGAAGAUGCAGAAUGUGAAAUAAAGAUAGGUGUUAUAAUCUUGAUUUGAUGGGUUUUAUUUUUUUCAAAAAUCAAUGCGUUAACUUUUUAAAAAUAUACUUAAGUGGAAGUUUACUAUCUUGAAUUAUUCAAGCUGAUGUAUCUGGGAAUGUUAAUGGAGAUUUGAUCUUUUCUCUGUGGAGAGACAGACCAUAGAUGAUGAUAGUACAUGAAGUUAGCAUUGGAAUGUGCCAUUUUAGAACAUUUUCCAAGGACUGCAUGUGGAAACUAAAACAAUUAUUAUUAGGAAAGAGCUUUGUUUUCUAUUUUUUAAGUGAAAACUAUUUGCAAACUCUUUUUUAAAUGAAAUGAGGGUUCAUCAAAAGAUGUGUCACUUCAGGGCAAUAUGAAUAUCCCUCACCAAUAAGGUGAUUACAGAUUUAAAAUUCAGUGGCUUCCCAGUACUUAGACUUCAAUCUACAAAGUGUUUGUUUUAAGCAUGUGGUCAGUGCUUACAGAGUGCCUGUUUAAAUUGCAUAGGAUUGACCUUCAAACUGAACUGCAGAAUUCAGGGAUCACCUAAGUUAUUACAAUUAAUAGUUAUAAUAAUUUUAAUAACCACAAUGAUUAUAUAACAAUUAUAUAAAAAAAUUAUCAUUCCUCAUUUAUAGUCUUUGGUUACAAUAUAAAAUACUAGGAGGAAGAGCUGAUUUAUUUUAAAAGUAUUUCUGCAGAUUCCAGUGCAUAUAGAAGCAAUGAACUGAACUUCAAAAUGGUUUUGUAUAUAACAUAUUUAAUAGCAAGAAGCAGUAAUUUAAGGGUAUGACCAGAAUCACACAGGAAGGAAUGGGCAGAACUUUGAUCAUCCUGAUGUCAUGACACUUUAUCCUGAAGUGAACAGAGCUACUUCUUUUCACAAAGAGAAUUUUGUUUUAAUUGCCCAUAUGCACAAAAACCAUUUCUCUAAUUCUAGUUCAGUAAAGACAAAAUUUACCAGCUCUUUUUCUGAGUCUAGUUAUGUUGCAAUGUAUUUGCAGAAGUCGUUUGUUCAGUAUUCCUUGACUUUUCCCUGUUGAAGAAUUUCUGAUUAUCUCUUAAGACAGUUACUGAUCUUCGUAACGUAACACACUGAACAUGCAGAAUCCUUGCCAAAUCAAUUUUUUAAAGUUCAAUUGCAAUUUACCAUGAAGUUUUUGAGUCAUCUCAAUAUUCAUUCUUAAGCAUAAAAUGAAAAACACAUUUACUGGAAAUAUCCUCUCAGAACUGAAAUGACACAUGCCAGAUCCCUGACCUAUAGGCACUUGAUAAAAUUAGGUGAUGUCUAUGAUGCAGUACAGCUUCUGGGAAAAAAAAAAAAAAAAGGAGAAAAAAAAAAAAAGAGAAUACUAAUUGGAAAUUUACCUCUGCCAAGUCCAGAGCAGAUUAAGGAAUACGCUGCUGAUAUAGCUUCACAAAACAGGGAGCAGAAUUCUAAAAAUCAUCAGUGACAUCACUGGAACCUCAGACCUCACUGUGUUAGGUGGUGGCUGUGCCGCAUCCUGUGCUUUUGCCCGCAAACACAGUCUGAAAACGCAACUUGACAGAGAAGUCUGGUUUUAUGUCUCCUUUCUCCUUUUAACUUUUACGGAAGCUCUUGGCUCCCAUCAGAUUUAUGACAACAUUACUGCAUGAGGGUGGCAGUGUCUGAUGGGCAUGAAUUGGGUAGCAGAGCUAUUUUUAUAAACAUGUUUCCUGUCUGCUAUCUGUGUGGCCUUCUGCAACAGAGAUAUGGUUGGGUUUUUUUUCUUGUUUUUUUUUUUUUGUUUGUUUUUUUUAAAUCUGUUUAGGAGCUGAAUCAAGUGACUGCACUCUGAGGGCUGGUAAAGAGCAAGGAGUUCUUUUAAACAAAAGUAGAUUGAUUGUGAAAUGAGCAAUGCAGAGUGAUGGGUCCAAGAUCGCAAGAAAUUAAAUUUGCUAAUUUAGGACAUAACUCUCGGAUGUGCCUAUGAUCAUGGACAAUAUGGAAAGGCAAUGGAAUGAAAAAUUGCAAAAUCAUUCUUAUAUUGGACAGGGAUGACCUGCAUCAAUAUCAACUGACUUUAUUUUAUGGUGGCACACUGAGGAAAAGUGAUGCCACAUUCUUGUUUCAGCUUGACAGGAACACAAAUCACAGCUGACAGUAAUUUGAAUUCUUUUGGAUGUAGAUGCAGAAGUUGCCAAUGUUCACCACUGAAACAGGAUGAACCUUUGGCAACCAGUCUAGGGACUGAGUGAAAGACCACUGGAGACCUGUUGAAGUACAAGAGGGAGAUUCAUUCUCUGCUUGUGUUCUGUUCCUGUUCUGAUCUUUACUAAAAGGAAUGCAGAAUUUUUUAUUGCUGCUUAUUGCUUCUUCAUGUAGUUGCAUAGUGAGUUCCAUGUCUCUCUAUGUGGAUUAACUACAGCAUCAAAAAUACACAGGUCUUCAUUCUAUCCUAUCCUUUUGUUGUUCUGCCAAGUAAAAGGAAAGAUAAUUUUGUUAUCCAGAGAGUCACUUUUAGGUAUUGAUCAGGUUUCAUGUGAUAAGCCCUCCAGCACUAGUUUGCCAGCAUCAAAGCAUCGUGCUUUUUCUUUCAGGUCUUCUGUUUUUUUCUUUUCUGUAACCCCUUGGGUAGUAGUCAUUGAAAGAUACAACCACUUUUUGCCAGUACAUAAAAUAAAAUUAUUCAUUAUUUAGAGAUUUUUGAACAUUUUUGGGUAGCAUAAAGCUCUCAUAAAUACUCCUGAAUGCUCAAAAAACAUAUUUUUGAGUGCUUGUGUACACAACAAAUAACAUCUUCUAGUGUUUAGGUGUUCCUAGGUAUUGAAUCACUUACAAAAUGGAAUUUGAAUAUUAACAUAUUACUACAGCAUCUAAACAUUUUUUAAAUGCAUGAACUUAAAAAAAAAAUAAUAACUAAUUCUUCUUGAAACACUAAAGUUAAGCACUGGUAGAUUUUAAUCUGUUUCAUUAGAGUGAACCUGCUCUAGGCCAGAAUUGUCCCUAGUAACUCAAAAAUAUUGAAAGAAACAGGAACUGAGAGAGAUCUGUGUAUGUAAAGGUGGGCUUCAGAUAACAUAAAUGAGUUAGAGAAUAGCAUAUUUGCUAUGACAUUGCACAGUAAGUGAUAGUGUGAUUGUUUAUUUUCCUAAUAAUAUUCCUGAAAGAUGUUUGAAAAGGUUUCUCUUUGAUCGGUGAUCCCUAAUCCACAACAGGGCACAUGCAUCUGCAUGCCUUCUCAUAGAUAAUUUAAAAGUAACAUUUAUAAGCUUCUGCUGUAACAGUAAAAUGUAUGCAGUCAGAAAAUAGAGUACUCCAUUCCUUAUCUCCUCCUAGAACUGACAUGUCAUCCACCCAUUGAACAAGUAUCUAUUGUCCACUUCUUGAUUUUAGAUGUGGAGAGCUUUAGAGUACAAUGACCAGGACAGGAACAAAUCAAAACCUUCACAUAAUAUACAACAAUCCACAAGUGUCACAUAUCUUUGAUGCAUUUUCAGAUAGAUUGUUUGUAUUGCACAGAGUCCUAGAUAUCAUUAAGUACAUUUAAAUGUAUUUACUAGGAAUGCAGAGAAUAUGAGCAGAUGUUCCUGCUUCUUUCUGUAAGACACUGAGUGGCCAGAUGUUUUAAAAGUUUCUUCCAAUUUUGGACAUUACAAAAGUUUUAAAAACAGAUAGAAUGUUUCAGACGACCUUGCUUAGCUUGAUGUUGUACUCAAAAUCUGAGUCACUGGUGGUCAAAAACUUUUAAGGCUAAGUGUUCAGUUAUCAGUACAACAAAGUGGUAAACCAGAAGAAAGUUAUAUAGUAUUAUAUAUUGCUGUUCUUUGGGGGUAGAUUUGCAAAUGGGACAUGCUAGUCAUAAAGCAGAGCAUUGCUACCUGAAACCAAUCCAGAAAAAACGAUUGUUUCAGAUUUACCAUUAAUUCUCUGAAUGCACUGACUGACCACCAAUGACUUAAUCUCUAUUGCUUUAUUAUUCAUUGCAGUGAGAUUAGUCAUAUACUUAAUAACUCUUCUGAAUCAGGAUAUAAUUUCAUAAACUACAGUGUUCUACUGCCUAAUUUAAGAGCAUAACUUCUAUCUGCCAAAUGAUUUCUAUUUGAUGAAAGUUUUGUCUUUGUGAAAUCAGAUGACUACUCCGCUCAUUUCACUUCCCCUGUCACUCCUUGAUCACGUGAAAUGUUCUGUGAGGAUAAAAUGGUUAUCCUUACAUCCUUAGGCAGACUUUUAGGGAGGGGCUGUGUUGAGUUUAUGUGAUGGAAAGCGCUCUGAAGGGGAGGAUUCUGUAUGGAAGAGUCCAGAAAUUGCCCCAUGCCAGAUCAGAGACAGCUCCAGUUGGCUCAGAAAGGGACCCACUGCUGGCCAGAGCUGAGCCAUAAGCGACAUGGGGAAAUGGCUUUAAACUGGAAGAGGGUAGAUUUAGACUAGAUGUUAGGAAGCAGUUCUUCACUGUGAGGGUGAUGAAAUAUUGGACCAGGUUGACCAGUGAGGUUGUGAAUGUCCCCUCCCUGCAAGCAUUCAAGGCCAGGAUGCAUGGGGCUUUGAGCAACCUAGUCUAGAGGGAAGUGUCCCUGACUAUAGCAGGGUGCUGGAACUGGAUGAUCUUAAAGAUCAUCUAGUGUCCUUUCCAACCCAAACGCCUUUCAGGCAACUGUAGAGAGCAAGAGGUCCCUCUAGAGCCUCCCCUUCUUCACACUAAACAAUCCCAGUUUCCUCCCUCUCCCCAUAAAACUAUUGCUCCAAUCUUCUCAACUUCAUUGUCCUUCUCUGGACACACUCCAGGUCCUCUAUGUCCUUCUUGUAGUGAGAGGCCCAAAACUAAACACACUAUCAAGAUGUAGCCACACAAGAUGAGUACAGGUGGAUAAUCACUUCCUUGCUCCUGCUGGCAGCUAUAUUUCUGAUACAAGCUAGGAUGCCACUGGUCUUCUUGGUUACCUGGGCACACUGCUGACUCAUGUUCAGCUGAGCAUCAAUCAGUGCCCCCAGGUCUAUUUCCUCAACACGGUCUUCCAGCCACUCUUCCCCAAGCCUGUAGCGUUGCCUGGAGUUGUUGCAGCCAAAGUGCAUGACCCAACUUGUUCCAGUGCCUCACCACCCCCACAGAAAAGAAUGUAUUCAUUAAUCUAAAUCUACCCUCCCUGUCUUUCCUAUAGGCCCCAGUUAAGUACUGGAAGUUCACUAUUAGGUCACCCUGAAGGUUCACUUAUUUAAACUAAACUAUCUCAACUCUCUCAGCCUGACUUCACAGUGCUCCGGCCCUCUGAUCAGCCUCAUGGCCUUCCUUUGGACUCACUCCAACAAAUCCGUGUCUUUCUUAUGCUAAGGGGCCCAGAGCUGAACAUAGUACACCAGGCUGCGUCUCAUGAGAGCAAAGGGAGAGUCAGAAUCACCUUUCACCUGCUGGUCACAAUUCUCUUGAUGCAGCACAGGAUACAUUUAGCUUUCAGGUUACAGGUGUGCACUGCUGUCUCAUAUUCUGUUUUUUAUUGACAGAGAUUUUCUCCUCAGAGCUGUUCUCAGUCUCUUUAUGCAGCCUGUAUUUGUGCUUGAAAUUGCCCCAACUCAUUUGAAGGACCUUACAUUGAACACUAUGAUGUUUGCAUCGGCCCACUUCUUAAGCUUGUCAAAGUCCUUCUGGAUGGCAUAUCUUCCCUCCAGUAUGUUGGCUGCAGAACACAGCUUGGUGACAUCCAACACCUAUUUCUUCUAAGUACUGAGAGAAGGAUAAACCUGAUCGAGUCAACUGCUCUGUUACCAUUUCAUUCUGAAGGCUUUCUUUGAACUCAGUAUUAAAAAUAUCAAUACUCAGUAAUGUCAAUACAGAAAGAGAUGUUAUUUUACUCUCCCAAAUGAGAUGAUGCAGCCAGUAGCAAACUGAGAAUAUCUCUCAAACAAGAACAAGAAAGAAUACUUGUGACAGAUGAACUUUGCUGUCAUUCCCAUACCCAAUUUUGAAUGACACGAAGCUUCUGACUGCUUAGAUUUAUUUUAAUGAUGUCCUUAGACUGAAAGCUUAUGUUUGUAAAAACAUAUAGAGUAUCAUGCUAGUGACAAUAGAUAAAAAAUAAAUAAUGAGCCUCAGUGAGAAAGUUUUCUGAGUUUAAGCCUACAAAUCAAAUCCUCCAUGCCUCUAUUAUGCCUUCUGUCAGCAUUAAGUUGAUCCCACCAUCAGAGAAGUUAUAACUCUGUGAAUCACUAUUUACUCUAGUUAGUGCUUCACAGUGAUCAACUUAGGAGCUCCAUGGUCAUCCAAAAAGCUCAAAUUUAGCAUAUUUGACAAUGAAAAUAGACACCUAGUUUUGUUUUCUUUGUCGAUAGAAGUAUUUCAACCUCUAACAGGAGAAAAAAAAAAGAAAAAAAAAGAACAAAACAAACACUUUCAGAAUAUUGAACAAACCAAAUUGGUUAAUCCAUUAUGUAUCUCCAUCUUAGCUGGUAUCAGUCUGGCCCUAUUUUUUGUGGCAGACCACCUGAGUUUGAUCUAAAUUAAACUUCUCACCAGGUAAUGGUCAAUAAAACCUUGUUCUGAGCCAAUGAAGCAUUACUCUUUAAGAGCCUUUCAGCAACACAAAUGAGUGAUAGCAAACUGAUAUUCUUCCUGAUGUCUCCAAACUUCAGAAAGAUUUACUGUCUUCUCAAACCAAGACUCAAGGCUUUGGAAAAGUACUUCAGUGGGAACCUACCAGAAAACUUCACCUAUGCCUUAAUGAGUGAAUGUAUUCAUAUUUUCAUAGAGAGGGGGAAAAAAAAAAAAAAAGGAACUCUAAACCAGACUGUGAUAAAAUACAGUCUUGUCUCUCAUUAAAAUAAGUGCUGAGAAGGAUAUGUAUGACUAGGAUACUGACAGAGUUAGUCCUCCAAAGUACUUGCAGUUUAGUCCCUUCUCACGAAAACAAUGAAUACAAAAAGCUUUUUCCUACAUAUCAUGAAGAAAUGUUUAUUUAUCUAUUCAUGCUCUUCAUCAUACUUAUUGCUCUGGUUAUCUACUAGCUAAUUCUGGGUAACUUUCAUAAAGUUACUGAACUCUGGAACUGUUGGUGUUUACUUUUCUUGUGAUAUUCUAUCCUCCAAACCUAAUUUUGAUGAACAUGUGCAUGGAAUUCUCAGAUCAGUGAGACGAAAAUUUUUCUAUGGAUAGCCAAUAAAUCCAGCUCUGAAUAAUGGAGAUUUUCACAGUUGUGUCAUUUCCUUGAGCAGUGUCAGAGCAUGGGCUCUGAAUAGCAGAUGCAAUGGACCACUUGCUGGAAGAUAUAAGUGUGGAGAAUUCCACUGAAAUUCUUGAAAUACAAAGAAAGGGAACUGGAAUCAAUAUCAAAAUAUUGUUAUAUUAAAACAGAAAAUGCUUUAGGUAAGACAGAACAAUUAUAUGUGACCUGGAGAGAUGUAAUAGUACUUAAACCUCAUAGAAAAUAAUUAUUUGCUACCAUGAAAUUUAACAAAAAUCAUUCUCCAGUUACAUGCUGGAUUAGUGUUAUAACAGAAAUGCAGUUAUAUUUACUCACUUACUGUCACAAGGAACAAGUUUCACAUAAAGUUCAGUAAUUUAUAAAUUUAUGACUUGUCAUAAUUUCAGUAUGAAAUUUGGCAGUUUUCAAAGGGAUAUGAUUCCUCUCAUUGCUAAGCAAUAUAUAGAAACAUUUUAAAGUUAUCAUUCUGUAAAACUGAAAACACCGUCAGUUCUUUUUGCAUAGGUGCUCUAAGUUCUGAGAGCUGCUCUGAAAAUAACACUUCCUGUUAUAUUAUGUUUGCCUGCAACAUCAGAGGUGGAUAUUGGUGGUAUGGCAGUAGAGGUUGAACCUUCCCACCAGUAUUCCAUCAUAUUUUGUUGCUGUGUGACAGAUGGCAGCAGAGGGGCAGCAUGACAAAGUGACAUGUGACAUGGAAGUGCAGAUGAAGUAAAGGUAUGUCACUGAAUUCCUCCAUGCAGAAAAAAUGGCACCCAUUGGCAUUCAUUGAUGCUUACUGAACAUUUCUGGAAACUGAUCAAUUGAUGUGAUCACAUUAAAGAGGUGGGUGGUGAGUUUCUUCAGUGACGACAAUGACAGUGGAUCACAUCUAGUGAUGCAGGUGUUUACAAGUGUGGCAUGCAUGCUCUUGCUUAUCACUGGUGAAGAUGCAUAGCUAAUAUGGUGACUAUAUUGAAAAACAGUGUUUUAUACCCAAGAAUUUUCUCUAUCGAACAGUAUUAUUAUGCUCAGUUGUAUUUUCCAUAGGAAUACAUGGGAGGCAUUACUUUUGGAGCAGCCUAUGUAUGAAUAUGGCAUUUCCCAGCCGUAACAACAUACAUUAGACUUAGAGUAGUGCUCCAGGACAGCACGUUAUACUACAUCCUUUAUACACAAGGACAAUUUUAGAAAACUUCUGUCAGCUCUUUUUCCUUGAAGACAAUAGUGGUAAUUGCUUCAGACUGAAGCAUUUUUAGCUUGUUUCUGCCAUAGCAUUUAGAUUGUUGCUUUUUUCAGCUCAGUAAAUAAAGAACUUGCGAUGAUUAGGUCAGUUCAAGAGAUAAAGUUAUCCUGGCAUAAUUAACAUCUUAAAAUGUGCUUUCCAUCUCAAUUGAUGUCGUUUUUUUCUCUAUCCUGAGACAAUAUGUCUGCUCUCACAAGCUUCCGGACUGCAAUAGUAGCAACAUUUGGUGGGGAAUACAGAAAGAAUUUGGCCUUAUGCACAGUCUAGAACUAGGCCCUUGUAUUAGACAAAGGAAAUAGGAACUCUGCAAAAUCAGAGAACUAUCACAGUCAUUUCAGCACAGAUGCUGUGUACCCUAUAAAAUUCUAUAGUCAUUUAGUUACAAAUGGAUGAGAUUCUGUGAUACCUCAUGCCUUUUUUUUUUUUUUUUUUUUUUUUUUUUUCCCAGCUAGUUUUAGAGGAAAGUAAGAUUAAGUGAGAUACAACAGCUAGUCUGCAUCUAGGGAUGUAUUCCUAUCCAGUAGCAUCACUAGUUUGUUGGAUUCAAGCUUUUGGUGAACUUGUAGUCUUACUUCAGAAGGUUAGUGGCAACAGUAGAUCAGCCUAAGAUAAUGUGCCCCGGACAUGUUUGGUCUCAUGAUUUUGAGCUUUAUUGUCAUGCUGUAAUAUGGGUUUUACUUUUAAUAAAUAAUCUGAAGGAUUUAUGGA